GUGUUGAGCAUCACUGUCCUCACCAACACUCCUCAACAUGAAGACCACACUCGCCAUCACCGCCCUCCUGCUAGUGGUGGUGUCAGCGCUCCCCCUCCAGGACACACCACUGAAGGGAGAACUAUUUGUAGUUCUGGUACCUAAGGAGAUCGAUUCUUCACUGGUACUUGACCUAGAACCAUUAUUACUGCAGGAGAUACUGAGACGUCAGUACCUAGCACCAGACCUAGAGGUGAACCAGGACUAUGAACCACCGAGACAGACUGUGGACGAGGAAACAACUCAUGACCGACGUAAACGACAGACUUCAGUAUCAGGCGGCGUGACGACCGAUACUGUUGACAGAGAUGGACGUCGGAUCAGUGGGACAAUCAACGUGGAUCGUAAAGUCAAUAAGCACACUCUAGGCGGCAGCUUGAAAGUCGACCAUACAAGGUUCCCGGGAGUGAGUGGCACAGACUUUGGCGCUAAGAUAGGCUACACCUUUAAACCCAACAAGAACACCUCCUUCAACGCCGGCGCCACACGCAACUGGGGCGCCUCUGGCAGUUCUACCGGAUUCGGGGUUGGAUUUAAACAUACGUUUGGUCGAAAGAGGAGAUCAACAGCGAACACGUAUUAUAAUUAAGUCGGAAACUGAUGACUGAAGGAACAAAAUGAAGGAACACUGCCAAGACUUAUUAAUUAAUUCUUCUAACAAACAAUACAUUUUUUCACAACAUAAUAUAAUGAAUGGUUUAUGUCUAUUAAAUAAUUAUAUAUGACGCUAUUGAAUAUAUUUCAUCUGAUUCUGGAUAUCUUUUCUCUUUGUUAAUUUCCACAUAUAAAUUUGUCCAUUAUAUAUGUCUGUAGUUGAAAGUUUCUUCAAUAAACAUAUAAUACUUA